GGCCACAGAGCCUGAAAGACCCACAAACAACUAAAGUGGUAUUCUCUCCAACCUGCACUGGCCAUAUUCAACAGGUACAGAUCAUGUUGCACCUACUUGCCAGCGAAGUAGAGCAUAAGAUGGUGUCCUGACAUCACUUCUGGGGCUGCCGGACGUGGGACGAGGGAGAUGUUACGAACAGCCAUCAUGAUGGCUGCCAGCCUGGCCCUGACCUCCGCUGUGGUGGCUCACGCCUAUUAUCUCAAGCACCAGUUCUAUCCAACGGUGGUCUACCUGACCAAGUCCAGCCCCAGCAUGGCGGUCCUGUACAUCCAGGCUUUUGUCCUGGUGUUCCUGUUGGGCAAAUUCAUGGGCAAAGUGUUUUUUGGACAGCUCCGAGCGGCAGAGAUGGAGCAUCUACUUGAGCGGUCAUGGUAUGCAGUGACCGAGACCUGCCUUGCCUUCACAGUCUUCAGGGAUGACUUCAGCCCACGCUUUGUGGCUCUGUUCACCCUCCUCCUCUUCCUCAAGUGCUUCCACUGGUUGGCUGAGGACCGGGUAGACUUUAUGGAGAGAAGUCCUAACAUUUCCUGGCUCUUUCAUUUCCGCAUUGUCUCUUUAAUGGUUCUCCUGGGCAUCCUGGAUUUCCUGUUUGUCAGCCAUGCUUACCACAGCAUUCUCACCCGGGGAGCCUCUGUCCAGCUGGUCUUUGGGUUUGAGUAUGCCAUUCUCAUGACAAUGGUGCUCACUAUAUUCAUCAAAUAUAUCCUGCACUCUAUUGACCUCCAAAGUGAAAACCCCUGGGACAACAAGGCUGUCUAUAUGCUUUAUACAGAGCUCUUCACAGGUUUCAUCAAAGUCCUCUUGUAUGUGGCCUUCAUGACCAUCAUGAUAAAAGUACACACCUUCCCGCUGUUUGCAAUCCGGCCCAUGUAUCUGGCUAUGAGGCAGUUCAAGAAAGCCGUGACAGAUGCCAUCAUGUCCCGCCGGGCCAUCCGCAAUAUGAACACCCUGUAUCCUGAUGCCACGCCAGAAGAGCUGCAGGCCAUGGACAAUGUAUGCAUCAUUUGCCGAGAGGAGAUGGUGACAGGAGCAAAACGCCUGCCUUGCAACCACAUAUUCCACACCAGCUGCCUGCGGUCAUGGUUCCAGCGUCAGCAGACCUGCCCCACUUGUCGGAUGGAUGUCCUCCGUGCCUCUCUCCCCACUCAGUCUCAGACUCCCCCUGAGCAGCAGGAGGGUGCGCAACAGCAACAGCCACCGCAUCAGACCCCACUGAUCCCCCAGCCCCCAAACUUUCCCCAAGGCAUCCUGCCACCUUUUCCUCCGGGAAUGUUCCCCCUGUGGCCCCCCAUGGCUCCGUUCCCUCCAGUGCCUGGUGUUCAGCCGCCGAACAACACAGACAAUCCUUCAGCAGCCACUCCUUCCACAUCAGGAGCUCAGGUAGCAGGAACAUCAAGGCCAAGGAGUGACUCGGCCUCCACAUCCGAAGCUGCCGCUGCCGCUGCCUCCACAGGGACGGUGCCAGGAUUCCCCUUUCCUCCCCCUUGGAUGGGGAUGCCUUUCCCGCCUCUCUUUGGUUUCCCUCCGAUGCCAGUGCCGCCCUCUGGGUUUGCAGGACUGACGGAAGAAGAACUGCGAGCUAUGGAAGGCCAUGAACGGCAGCACCUGGAAGCCCGGCUCCAGUGCCUGCAGAACAUUCACACACUUCUGGAUGCAGCCAUGCUUCAGAUCAACCAGUACCUCACUGUGUUGGCAACGAUCGGGACACCCCGACCUGCACAGCCACCAAGUGCUCCUGCCACCUCAGCAUCAUCUCCAGAGACCCCCGUCCCUGAACCUGGUACUACUGAGCCCACCACUGUCUUCCAGCCUGAAGAUAAAACUUCUUCACCAGCAACAGAGACAGAGGCAUCAGGGCAAGCAGGCCUGUUCUCGGGCGAAGGUGCCGAAGGUUACACAGAGCCAUCUGGCCACAAGCAGAACGGAGAGGACUCUUUGCCAGAGGAGCCAGACGCAGCAGAACUGCGCCGGCGCCGGCUCCAAAAACUAGAAUUGCCAUCUUCCUCUUCUCAUUGAUGCCCCUGCUGUCCCCGUUGAUCAAGACUUGUCCUGUGCCUGAAUUAAUCAUUUAAGGAAUUUUCUUUCCUUUUUCCGUAAGAAAAAAGAAAAACGCAGCAUACGGCGGAAGCUAAGGGACGAGGCAAAUAAAGCUGGGUGUUUGAACUUGGA